AACGGUGGCAAUACUGUUACGUAAACAGAAGUGUUAGGGGAGUAUUCGUCUCCAGUGAAUAUAAAGUGUAUAUUUUGUAUUUUUCCUAUUAAUUGUUACUUUACGAGAAUACUUAUUAAUCGGCUAUCGACAAUAGCACGAUUUCUAUUUCCACCGAUUUUUUUUUCAACGAUCGGAACGAAAAAAAAAUGUCGUUUGCCGCUUAAAAGAUUCGAUAUGUUGAAAAUCGUUUAAAAACGUACUAAUCCCAGUUUGAAGCUUUUAUCAAUGAAAAUAUCACAUUACGAGGUGUAUCGUACGAAUGCAGGAAUACGUGUAGAAUUUACUUAACGAUAAUACAGCUUGCUCUUGAAAAGCACCAUGAACGGUUAAAGGCUGAAAGUUUUCAAUCUAUAGAAUUGAAAUUUGUGGCGGGUUGUUGGCUGCCAUCUUGGACCUCGCUCGUUUGAGAAGCCGGCCGCCCGCAAAAAUCUUUGAGUUUCACGCGUUCGCGCGGCUUCACGUAUUCCGUAAGCGGUUUGCGUGAUUUCACGACGAAUUUCCAGAUCUGGCGCGGUCGAUUCAAUCAAGAUUCGGGUCCGGAAUGUAUUAGGUACUUCCAGUAGAAAAUACGUCAUAACAUUCGUAAAACGAUUCGGUCACGUAUUUCAGCAUUCAUAUUUCCAACAAAAUACAAUGCGUUUCAAUGUUCCUUUUGUCAUUGAAUAUAACAAUGAAAUGAGAUUGUCAAAUUUGAAGUUCUGAGUGCAGUGGUCUACAACGGUGAAAGCAUAGCAAUCAACAAAACAGAUUAUAAUACUUAUACAUUGGGGAGAAUGGCAUAUCCUAGUAGAGCGCGAGUUUACACCGACGUGAAUUCACACAAACCUAGAGAUUAUUGGGACUAUGAAUCUUAUGUUGUCGAUUGGGGACAGCAAGAUGAUUAUCAGUUAGUAAGAAAAUUAGGCAGAGGAAAAUAUAGCGAAGUAUUUGAAGCUAUUAACAUCACAAAUAACGAGAAGUGUGUUGUAAAAAUUUUAAAGCCUGUAAAAAAGAAGAAGAUAAAAAGAGAGAUUAAAAUCUUAGAAAACCUUAAAGGGGGGACCAAUAUAAUCACACUCCAAGCAGUUGUUAAAGAUCCAGUAUCGAGGACACCGGCAUUGAUCUUCGAACAUGUGAACAACACAGAUUUCAAGCAGUUAUAUCAGACAUUAACAGACUACGACAUUAGAUACUACCUCUACGAGUUAUUAAAAGCAUUGGAUUAUUGUCACAGUAUGGGAAUAAUGCAUAGAGAUGUCAAACCGCACAACGUUAUGAUAGAUCACGAAAAUCGGAAAUUGCGGUUAAUUGAUUGGGGUCUAGCAGAAUUUUACCAUCCUGGUCAAGAGUACAAUGUACGAGUAGCUUCACGUUAUUUUAAAGGCCCAGAACUACUCGUAGAUUACCAGAUGUACGAUUAUUCGUUAGAUAUGUGGUCUCUUGGAUGCAUGCUCGCGAGUAUGAUAUUCAGGAAAGAACCGUUUUUUCACGGACACGACAAUUACGACCAGUUAGUUAGAAUUGCAAAGGUUCUCGGAACCGAAGAAUUGUUUGAAUACCUUGACAAGUAUCACAUCGAAUUGGAUCCUCGUUUCAAUGACAUAUUAGGCCGGCAUUCGCGCAAACGUUGGGAACGUUUCAUGCAUUCGGAAAACCAACAUUUGGUGUCUGCCGAGAGCCUGGAUUUCCUUGACAAACUUUUGCGCUAUGACCAUUACGAGAGACUCACCGCACGCCAAGCUAUGGAGCAUCCCUAUUUCUUCCCAAUAGUGAAAGAUCAGAAUCGAUUAAAUAUGGUAUCAUCGUCACCUACUCCCAUGACAGGUUCGUUGCCUGUAGGUGAGUAACGGCCCAGGUAAUGUCACCACCACGAUUUCCAAUUUAUAAUUAUUUAACCAUAUCAUUCACGUACUGCUGAAUCGACCACCACACCACGAGAGAACGCCAUAAAAAAGAAAGAAAGAAAGAAAGACAGAAAGAAAGAAACUUUUUCAUCCGCAUCCCCGAAUACGAUGCGCGUUGAUCGAGAACAUCCGUGAAGUUCGUAAUUAUAAUUCGGAUUCACAAUUUCUAUUUUAUAAUAUUUAUAAAAAACGAACGAAAUACCACCACCGGGGUCUACGUACGUUGUAUUUAUGUCGUUAAUAUCCACGGAUACGCGGAGCUCGGAUUGGCGCCUGUGGUUAACGACGCGAAGAAUCCAGCCGUAGACAUUAAAGAGAGUCCGGUCUCGCCGUCUGAACAAGCUUCAACCGAUUCGCAAUGACGGGAACCGCCGCUCUUCUUGGUGUAAAGUGUUGAAGCGUUGAGCGUUGGAAACACUCAGUAUAUUCAAAAAGAGAAAAAAAAAGAAAAAAAAUGUAUCGUUAACAGAGGGUGGCAGCCGUUGGAUAUAUCAUUCCCAUUGCGAAUCACUUGAAGCGAGAAACUACGUUUACGCUUUACGCAAGGUCGUUCCAGGCACCUAAAUAACGAACGGACAAUGAAAUGUAUAAGCGCAUCCGUGGCCAGAAUAGAAACCAUGUUAUUGUCAGUGAUGUAUAUUCGAUUCAGAGAAAUUCAGAGACAGAGAAAAAUUCAGAGAGGAACAGAGAGAAAGAGAGAGAGUGUGCGUCUGUCUGUCUGCCUGUGUGCGUGAUAUGUGACCGUCCGAGAGAGUGAAAGAGAGGAACAGGAAGAGCGUGCUUGUGGCGCGUGAGCAUCCGAGAGAGUCAGAGAGAGUGAAAGAGUGAGAAAAGUAUCGAAUGACCAGCGCGGUUUAUAUAAUACAAUAGAGAGAUAUGGGGAAAGAGUGAGAGAGAGAGAGAGAGAGAGAGCGUGAGUGUGCGCGCGCGUGGGCGUGUAUGAGAGGGAGAGAA